UAUUGCUUCACUCAUGAGACGUCAUAGGCCGCAGAGCGCAUGCUUUCGGCGUUGUGUAAUCUUUGCAUUAACAAACAGAGCACUGCCUGCACCAAAGUAAGAGUCUGGACAAGGUUCACAUUUGGACCUGAGGAUACUGUAGCUUCUUAUUGUGCUGUGCAACAAAAACAAACAAACAUAAGCAAACCUUUCUGCAUCAUCGUUAUUGCUGAACAGCGGGCCUGAUGUGAGUCUGCACUACAAAGCCUUUAUGACAUAUCUCGGUCGUGUGUGAACUUGAACGUGAGGGCAGGAAAUAAAGCGCGCUCCUCCUUGAGUGGCACAUCGUGCGUAACAGGGAAGUGAGCCUAACCUACUUUCAGCGUUGUCAAAAGUUGUCUCUGCCCGGUGAGAGUUGCUCGGUGUUUAAAGUAGAUUUUCCUUUGUUUUUAGCUCGGUUAAAACGUCGGCGAUAUUCAGCCUUUUCAAAGGGACAACGUCAGCAUUAAAUUGAGUGAUGGAGGCAGGAAAUGUGCAGUAGGAUAGUCGGACUGUCGGAGUACUUAUGAAACAGAGGAGGAGGAAGAAGCAACUGAUCAGAGCGUUUUUCAAUGUUUUGAAAUCUACAUUUAUCCGAAGCCUUGCUUGAUCAUGGCCCAGUGGAUUCACAUGUCCCAGAUGAUACAAUGCCUUCCUCAUGAGACUGUCAACAACCUCUAUCCCCCAUCCGCCUUCCCCAUUGAAGUCAGACAUUUUUUAGCUGAAUGGAUUGAGAACCAAAGAUGGGAAGACUUUGCACUGGAGAAGGUGGAACAGGAGAGCCAGGCUAGGGCUCUGUUGGACCAGACCAUCAGCUUGCUACAAUCAAUUGCUCAGGAGAAUGCCAACGUGGUGGACAGGAUGAAGCUGAUGCAGAUCAGCAGGAACAUGGCCAUGUUUCAGCAGCAGCCUCUACAGUUUGGAGUGAUGGUCAGGGACAUCCUCAGGAAGGAGAGGGUUCUGAUCAGUACGCCCGCUCAGGUGCCCGACCCUCCACAGUUCCCCAGUAUGCAGGACGUAGACCACCUGGUUCUGAAUGUGCUGGAUGUCCAGGAAAUCCGACAAAAGAUGCACCAGUUGCAAGAAGAGCUCAACUGGGAAAGACAAAACUAUGAGGGUUUACAAGGGCCGAUCCAACAGAAUGGACUGGAUCCCACAAAUUCAGAAAUCCAGAGACUCCAGAAACACAUCCAGCAGCUGGAGUACAAUGUGAAAGAAAUGGCCACGAAACGUUUCCAGCUGCUGAAGAAGUGUGUGGACUGUCUGGACCAGUGUCAGACCCGACUGAUCAGCAGACUGAAGGCGUGGAGGUGGGAGCAGCACAAGGCUACUAUCGGACAUCCCUUUGACGACAAUCUCAACCCCCUGCAGACCUGGUGUGAGCAGCUGCUUGGGGUGAACGGGAAACUGAGGCAGGAAUUGAUGCUGAUAGGAGAACCGAUCCCAGAGCUCCAGGAAAGGCUGAGACAACUUCUGCAGGUUCUAAUUCAAAGCUCUCUUGUAGUGGAGAAGCAGCCUCCUCAGGUCAUUAAAACCCAGUCAAAGUUCUCCACUACUGUGCGAUAUCUGCUUGGGGAGAAAGUAGCUCCCGGAAAGCCUGUGGUGCUGAAAGCGCAAAUCAUUAAUGAACUGCAGGCCAGGAACCUUGGCAGUGUACCUGGUGACAAUGUCGGAGAACUGAUCAACAACACAGCCAUCCUAGAGCACAACACAUCCAGCAAGAGCACAUGUGCCACCUUCAGGAAUAUGUCCAUCAAGAAGAUCAAGAGAGCAGACAGAAAGGGAUCAGAGUCUGUGACAGAGGAGAAGUUUGCUCUUCUGUUCUCAGCAGAGAUCACGAUCACAGGCUGUGACACUCCCUACAGGAUACAGAUGAUCUCGUUGCCGGUGGUGGUCAUUGUUCACGGUAGUCAAGACAACAACGCUCUGGCCACCAUCAUAUGGGACUGUGCUUUUUCUGAACCAGACAGAGUGCCGUUUGUGGUGCCUGAGCGCGUGCCCUGGAGGAUGAUGUACAGCACUCUCAACAGUAAAUUUACCGCUGAGGUCCAGACAAAUCACAAUCUGGACCAGUACAACCAGCACUUCUUGGCCCAGAAGAUAUUCGACAAGCCUGACUUUGCUGACGACUUCAGCAACAUAAUGGUUUCUUGGGCACAGUUCAAUAAGGAAGUUCUCCCGGGUCGACCGUUCACUUUCUGGCAGUGGUUUGAGGGAGUGAUGGACCUGACCAAGAAGCACCUGAAGACCUACUGGAGCCAAGGGCUGAUAUUUGGUUUCAUUGGGAAGCAGCAUCUACACUUGAUUCUCAAAGACAGGCCCAAUGGGACGUUUUUGCUUCGCUUUAGUGACUCUGAGAUCGGAGGCAUCACCAUUGCAUAUGUGUCUGCUUCUGAGAAUGGGGGACAGAAAAUCCAGAACAUCCAGCCCUUCACCAAGAGAGAUCUUGAGAUACGUAGCCUUGGUGACCGCAUCCGGGACAUCAGCCACAUUACACACCUGUAUCCUGAAUAUCCGAAACACGAAGUUUUCAAAGGAUUCUACUCAGAGCCUCAAGCGUCACCCAUCGGGGGUUAUAUCCCUGUGUCUCUUCAGACUAAAGUUGGCACUGAACCUGGCUCAGCCACACACGCUGCUGCUAGUAUGCAACCGCACACUGAUGGUUUCUCUCGGCAUCCGUUUCAGCAGCAGUUCAGCCCGCAGGAGUCCAUCACUCAAGAUAUAAUGGAAACCGCAUCGUCUCCUGAUUUCAGUCCAAACCCUGCUGUUUUCUCUGAAACAAUUCCCACAGAUAACAACAUGGAUAUUUUAGACAUUCUCAAUUUAAACCCCUCACCGAAGUUGUUUUUGGACAUCGAAUAGAGACCAGAGCCAAACUCGUCUGUCUGACCUUCAUGUGAGAAAAGCGCCAUGGUUUGUGCAGACUUUCUUCCUUCACUAUCAUCAUCCAGUUACAGCUUCAUCUACUUUCAAGUAAAAAACUUGUUGGAGACAAAUUUGAUUUCUCUAGGACUCAACAUGUUGAGCUAGUGCUGCACGAAAGCAGGAAUUAAUUUUAAAAACUGAGAACAAACCAGAACGAAAAGUGUUGUCCAUCGCCCAUCCUUGUUAUCCUGCCUUUUCUCUCGCUCUCACCUGGUGGUAGGUUUCUUUCAUUGUCUGUUUAUACUAUACUCCAUACAUAAUAAAUGGGAUUUACCAUAAAGAUUACAAUGAUUUUCCAACAACAAGCAUGUAUGAAAGCAAACAGAGUGAUCCUCCUGGACAGCGGCUGUCAGCUACUGGAAAUUAUUUUUUGGGGUUAUUUUGUCCUCUGUACUUGAUGCAUGUGUUUUAGUCAUGAUAAGGCAAAAAUAUUUGAAUAGCAUUUCCCUGUUGUAUAUAACCAUUCCUUGUGAUUGACAAGCCUGGCUAAGCCUCAGCAAUAGUAUGUUAUACACUUAAUCUCACAGUAUGCAUGGUAAAUACUUGGUAUAGUGAUAAUAACCUUUUCCAUCACCAUUGACUAUUAAACUGUACCACACUGAAGGACACUUACAAUGCAGCAGAUGGCAAGAGUGGUGACGAUGGUGGUGGUGGUAAAUGCUUAUAUUAUAUUUGUCUACUUAAAAGACUCGAUUGUGUGUAUUUUCUGUUAUAUGUAUAUACUCAUAAAUGUUACUGGUUACAUGGUAUUGAGUUUUUAUUUCUCUAUUUUGAUCCUCUAAUGCAUACACAAAAAGCAGGUCGUCUGUCAGUGAUAUGGUCUGUAUCUGUCUUCAGUCUUUGAAGUGAUUAAAAUGAGUAAUGAAAAUAGAUGAUCAACAGUAUAUCAAUUCUUCCUUUAGAUGUAAUUUUUAGAAGUCUCAAAUUUAAGAUAAGAUAACAUUAAUGAGCCAUUUAAAUGUAUUCUGUUGUUAGAGUUGUGUGGUGUGUGGAAUAAAAAGCCUACCAUCACUGUCAAUGUUGUGCAUGUAGUAAUACAUUUCUGUUGGAUGUACCAUGUUGCAUGUAUGUUUGCCAUAUGAUAACUGCCAUAUGAUAACCUUUUAUAUCUUGUGGAUUGACUUUUAGAUAAAUCACUCUGAGGCUACUACUACAAUCCUUGUAAUCUUUCAACCGUGGUUAAAAAUAAAAUCUUUUUCUCAAAAUAUGAA